UUACAUAUGUAUGUAUAGUUUACCUAUUUACAUAUAAACCAUAUAUAUAUAUACACAUACAUAUAUAUGCUGUACUUUAGGAUGCAGUGACCUAUGAAGAUGUACAUGUGAACUUCUCUCGGGAAGAAUGGGUUUUGUUGGCUCCUUCUCAGAAGAGUCUCUACAAAGAUGUGAUGCUGGAAACCUACUGGAACCUUACUUGUAUAGGCUACAAAUGGAAAGACCACGAUAUUGAAGAAUAUUGUCAAAGUUCUAGAAGACAUGGAAGAUAUAUCAACUCUCCCUCUGGAUAUGGAAAGAAGCAGUGUACUGAUCUCUUUCCUAGAACAAUUAGAAGAUGUGCAGUCAUCCCCUUUGUGAGAAGAGGGGGUAAAUGUGAUACAAGUUUACAAGUCUUUGGUUUUCCAGCUUCAGUGGGAAUACAUCAAAAUACUGACAUUGGAGAAAAGCCCUAUGAGUACAAGGAAAGUGGAAAAUCUUAUGUCUGUUCUGGUUCACUUUGCACUCAUACUAUAGGAAAAUGUUAUGAAUGCAGUCAGUGUGGUAAAACUCUGAGUUCUUCCAGUUCUCUUCAAAGAUAUGACCAAAUUCAUAUGGGAAAAGGAAGUGAUAAGUGUGAGCCAAGUAGUAAAAGCUUAACCCAUCACGGGUAUCUUCAAAUACAGAAGACAACCUGUAAUGAAGAGGAUCUCUAUGUGUGGAAUCAAUAUAGUAAACCCUCUUUACAAUUACACCAAAGAACUCAUUUGGAAAUGAAAUACCAUGAAUAUAAUCAAGAAGAUAAAGCCUUUGCAUUUCAUAGUCAUCAUCAAGUAGGUAGAACUAAUACUAUAGAAAAAAAUUAUGAAUAUAACCAAUGGGGUAAAGCUUUUGCAUAUCCCAGUUAUCUUAAACUACAUGAAAGAAUUCAUACUGGAAAGAAUCACUAUGAAUGUAAGCAAUGUGGGAAAGCCUUUGCAUAUAAAAGUCAUUUUCACAAGCAUGAAAGAACUCAUACUGGAGAGAAGCCCUAUGAAUGUAAUCGAUGUGGUAAAGCCUUUUCAUCUAGCAGUAAUCUUCAAAGGCAUGAAAGAAUUCAUACUGGAGAAAAGCCCUAUGAGUGUAAUCAGUGUGGUAAAGCCUUUGCAUAUCGCAAUAGUCUUCAUAUUCAUGAAAGAAAUCAUACUGGAGAGAAACCUUACAAAUGUUAUCAGUGUGGUAAAGACUUUGCAAGUAACAGUAAUCUUCAAAUACACAGAAGAAUUCAUACUGGAGAGAAACCCUAUCAAUGUUAUGAAUGUGGUAAACAUUUUUCAUGUAACAGUCAUCUUCAAAUGCAUGAAAGAAUUCAUACUGGAGAGAAACCCUAUAAAUGUAAUCAAUGUGGGAAAACCUUUGCAUAUAGCAGCAGUUUUCACAUGCAUGAAAGAACUCAUACUGGAGAGAAACCUUAUAAAUGUAAUCACUGUGGUAAAGCCUUUGCAUAUUGCUGCCAUCUUCAAAGACAUGAACGGUGUCAUACUGGAGAGAAACCCUAUGAAUGUAAUCAGUGUGGUAAUGCCUUUGCAUAUCUCAGUAGUCUUCACAAGCAUGAAAGAACUCAUGCUGACAAAAAAAUCACCAAGGAAACUAAUAAAUGAGUAAUAGUCUUGGGUACCACAUUCAUAUUCCCCACUGAGCUCUCUCAUUAGUAUUUAAGAAUAGUAGAACCAUUCCAUCAUUAACAUUUAAGAAUAGUAGAACCAUUCCAUCAUUAACACAUUUUCUCCUUUUCAAAUUGUAGACAUAUUGUCAUCUAAAAAUACAUGAACACAGGCCAAUUUGAAUAAUCUAUUUUCAAAUCAAAAUGAUAUUUAUGCUGUCAUUUAUUAUCUCUUGGAUUUUAUUAUUUAUUCAGAGGCCUACAAUUUGUUCUUACCACUUUCUCAGAAACACAAGUGAAAGCCAGAGAAUUGUAUCAGGGAAUAAAGAUGGUUG